AUGCCAAGUUCUACCGCGAACUGGCACUGGAAAAACAAAAAUGUCACUCCAUGGGCAAAGGAAUGGUUCCAGCGAGAGCUGACAGCUAUCGUGAUCGAAGGAACCGAGGGAAACGUCGCGAUUUCUUCUGUGAGGAUCGAUGAGGGUGAUGUCGAGCUCGGCCAGCGCAAGUCAAAGUUGAUCACGAUAUACGAUAUUCAAAUGAAGCUAGAUUGGCAAGGGGCCACGAGUGAUGGGACGGAUGUAGCUGGAAAACUCAGUAUCCCAGAAGUUUCCCAUGAAAUCACGCUGGAUAAGCUGUCGGACUACGUUUACAACUGGACGCUCGAUACUGUUUCUAGUCCUGCAGUGGAUGCGCUCUUUGCUUUCGUCAAGACACGUCUUCCACCUGCUCUCGAGGCCAAGUUUGCCGAGUUCCCUGCAGCUCUCAUCGAUACCCAUGGGAAGGACCUUACUGUCAGCGGACAAGCUAGCCUCUCAGGUACACCAGCUCCUACCGAAGCAAUUGCUGCGACGGCCGCAUCGGCGUCUACGACCGUUCCAAAACCCGCCCCCGUCAAACAAUCUCAAACUAAUAUUAACACGUCCAGUGUGGUCAAGGAAGCGACGUUUAUGGCUGCUUCAGACGAUCUUUUCGGACUCUUCACGGACGAAAGGAGAAUUCCUUUGUGGACUCGUGCACCGGCUCAGUCUGCAGCGCAAGCAGACACUGAAUACUCGUUGUUUGGUGGUGGUGUCAAGGGAAAGUACGUGUCACUGACGCCAGGCAAAGAGAUUGUGCAGACUUGGGCUUUGUCAAGUCCUACAUGGCCAUCAGAACACUUUGCAACGCUGACGACGACUUUCGAGCAGUCGUCUGAUUCGACGAAGGUGACGUUUACUCUUGACGGUGUGCCGAAAGGCAUGGAAGACGAAAUCACGAAGAAUUUGGAGGGUUAUUAG